UGGCUGUUUAUUUGCGUACGCCUGAGCAAGAUAGAGGCAGGCGGUGCCUUCUUCCUCCUUCCUCCAUGGCUGCCGCCGCCGCCGCCCGCGCCCUGCGGGAAGAGCUCUUCUGCCCGAUCUGCCUGGAUUACUUCGGCGACCCGGUGAUCCUGAGCUGCGAGCACAACUUCUGCCGCGCGUGCAUCACCAGCUACUGGAGCGGCCUGGGCGGCAGCUGCUUCCCCUGCCCGCAGUGCAGGAAGAGGUCCCGCUCCGGGAAGCUCCGGCCCAACGCGCAGCUGGGCAAAGUGGCCAAGAGGGCCAAGGAGCUGGCCGAGCUCCCCGGCGCCUCUCCGGGCGCGCCUUCCCCGCCGCCCGCCCGCAGCAGCAGCCCAGCAUCGGGGCCGGUUUGCCGACAGCACCAGGAGCCGCUGAAGUUGUUCUGCCGGGCGGACGAGGCUCUCAUCUGCGUGGUCUGCGACAGAUCCAAGGAGCACCGAUCUCACGCGGUGGUCCCCGCGGACGAGGCAGCCGAGGAGUACAAGGUAAAGGCAGCGAGAGCAGCGGCGCCGUCCCACGAAGUUCCCGUCGGAAGGAAUGACACACACACAAACCCGCAAUCAGUCAAGUUCAUUGCCUUCAGUAGGGCUACUCGUGAGUAAGGCGAGCUUUGCACGCAACCCAGAAUAGCGGGAAGGAUCGUCGCUUGGGCUGCGUUUGCUCCAGUGAUCUCUGUUCACGAGAUACUUGCAUUAAAAACAAAACAUUAUUUUGCUUUUGAAGGGGGGGCGAGGUGAGAGAUUGGGGGGUGCAUUUUGCACGCAAAGGAUUUCUUAAGAAUGGCAGUAUCCCUCCUUAUUGCUUUAUGUAUCGAAACAAUAAGAGACACACACACGACACAUUCAGUGUACAGCUAAGGUUACAUCAUAUACAGUGGUACCUUGGGUUACAUACGCUUCAGGUUACAGACUCCGCUAACCCAGAAAUAGUACCUCGGGUUAAGAACUUUGCUUCAGGAUGAGAACAGAAAUUGCACAGCGGCAGCAGGAAGCCCCAUUAGCUAAAGUGGUGCUUCAGGUUAAGAACAGUUUCAGGUUAAGAACGGACCUCUGGAACGAAUCAAGUACUUAACCCGAGGUACCACUGUACUAUCCUAAGACUUCACACUUAUCAGCUUUACGUAGAUAUAUAUACCAUUACAUAUAAUUUAUAUUAUUAUUUUUAAAUGAUAUUUAUUAAAAUUUCAGAAAAAAGAAUUACAUAAAAACAAGAAAUACAAAAAUAAAAGACAAAAGUAAAAAUACAAGGAAAAUACAAAAUACAGAAUACAGGAAUAAAAACACUUAAAAAGGAAAAAAAAAAUCAAUCUUUCCAUGCCUUACAUUCAUAUCCUUGUUUCCCUGACCUCCUCAUACCUCCCUUUUUUGUAUUCCAAUUCAAUUAGUUAAUUCAGCAAUUUCUUUCCCUCUUUAUUUUCUCUUAAUCCUUUAACUUAAUAUAGUAUAACUUUAAAUUUUCACCUGUUAUCAAUCCAUUUUUACAUACACCUUUAUAGCAUUACUGCUUAAACCACUUAACUUCAUUCUAACAUCAUUCUAACAUUCAUUAAUUUUACAAUAUUUCUGUAGAUAGUCUGUAAAUUUCUUCCAAUCUUCUUUCACCAACUCUUCUCCCUGGUCUCGGAUUCUGCCAGUCAUUUCCGCCAAUUCCAUGUAGUCCAUCACCUUCAUCUGCCAUUCUUCCAGAGUGGGUAGGUCUUGUGUCUUCCAAUACUUUGCAAUAAGUAUUCUUGCUGCUGUUGUAGCAUACAUAAAGAAAGUUCUAUCCUUCUUUAGCACCAAUUGGCCGAUUAUCCUAGGAGAAAGGCCUCUGGUUUCUUCAAGAAGGUAUAUACCUUUUUAAAUUCAUUAUAGAUCAUCUCCCAGAAAGCCUUAAUCCUUGGGCACGUCCACCAAAGGUGAAAGAAUGUACCUUCAGUUUCUUUACAUUUCCAACAUUUAUUAUCGGGCAGAUGAUAGAUUUUUGCAAGCUUGACUGGGGUCAUGUACCACCUGUAUAUCAUUUUCAUAAUAUUCUCUCUUAAGGCAUUGCAUGCCGUAAACUUCAUACCUGUGGUCCAUAACUGUUCCCAGUCAGCCAUCAUUAUGUUAUGUCCAACAUCUUGUGCCUAUUUAAUCAUAGCAGAUUUCACUGUUUCAUCCUGAGUAUUCCAUUUCAACAGCAAGUUAUACAUCUUUGACAAAAUCUUAGUUUUGGGUUCUUACAGUUCUGUUUCUAAUUUUGAUUUUUCCACCUGGAAGCCAAUUUUCUUGUCCAAAUUAUAUGCCUCCAUUAUCUGAUAAUAAUGAAGCCAGUCUCCCACUUUGUUUUUUAAUUUCUCAAAACUCUGCAGUUUCAGUCUAUCUCCAUCUUGUUCCAAAAUUUCCCAAUAUUUCGGCCAUUUGACCUCCAUAUUGAGCUUUUUCUGAGCUUUCGCUUCCAUCGGUGACAGCCACCUUGGGAUUUUGUUUUCCAAUAAAUCCUUAUAUUGCUUUCCUGACAAUAUGAUUUUUAAAUGCUUUAUGUGCUUUGACCUUAUCAUAACACAGAUAUGCAUGCCAUCCAAAUACAUUGUUAAAACCUUCUAAAUCCAAAAUGUCUGUGUUUUCAAGAAGCAGCCAUUCUUUCAACCAGCAAAAAGCUGCUGAUUCAUAGUAAAGUUUAAAGUCUGGUAGGGCAAAUCCACCUCUUUCCUUUGCAUCUGUUAGUAUUUUAAAUUUUAUUCUAGGCUUCUUGCCCUGCCAGACAAAUCUAGAAAUGUCUCUCUGCCACUUCUUGAAACAAUCCAUUUUGUCCACAAUUUGCAAUGUUUGAAACAAAAACAACAUUCUAGGCAAUACAUUCAUUUUUAUCGCAGCAAUACGGCCCAGCAGUGAAAGCUUCAAAUUUGACCAAAUUUCUAAAUCUUUUUUCACUUCAGCCCAGCAUUUUUCGUAGUUGUCUUUAAAUAAAUUCCCAUUUUUUGCUGUCAUGUUAAUCCCCAGGUAUUUCACUUUCUUAACCACUGUUAAACCUGUCUCAUUCUGAAACCUCUCUCUCUCAAUUGGUGUUAAAUUUUUCUCUAAAACCUUGGUUUUUAACUUAUUCAGUUUAAAUCCUGCAACCUGACCAAAUUAUUGAAUCAGUUCUAAUACCCUUUUGGUACUAGAUUCUGGCUCCUGUAACGUCAAUACUAAGUCAUCUGCAAAUGCUCUCAAUUUGUACUGUUUGGCUCCGACUUGUAUACCUUUAACCAACUGGUCCCUUCUAAUCAUAUUCAGCAGAACCUCCAGGACCGAUAUAAAGAGCAAUGGGGAGAUUGGGCAACCUUGUCGUGUCCCUUUUUCUAUCUUAAAUUCUUCCGUCACCACAUUAUUUACAAUUAGAUUAGCCUUUUGUUCUGAAUAAAUUGCACUUAUACCGUUUUCAAAGCCUUGGCCUACCCCCAUCCCCUGUAGGUUCUUCUUCAUAAAGCUCCAAGAAAUAUUGUCAAAAGCUUUCUCCGCAUCCACAAAUACCAAAACUGCUUUAGUAUUUAUGUUCACUUGUAAUUUUUCUAAGAUGUUAAUUAUGUUUCUCACAUUAUCCGAUAAGUGUCUACCCGGGAGAAAGCCUGCUUGGUCUUUAUGAAUCUCUUCCACUAACACUUUUUUUAAUCUUUUAGCCAAAAUGUCUGCAAAAAAUUUGUAAUCCACAUUAAGCAAUGAGAUGGGACGGUAGUUCUUAAGUUGUGUCUUUUCAGUCUCUGUUUUCGGUACAAGUGUAAUAUACGCUUCUUUCCACGACUCUGGUGCCCUUUUCCCGUCCAUUAUUUCAUUACAGACUUCCUUCAAAGGUUGUACCAACCAUUCUUUUAAGGAUCUGUAAUAUUUAGAGGUCAGUCCAUCCGGUCCCGGAGAUUUACCUAGUUGCCAUUACAUAUAAUUUAUAGUGUCCAUAUAAAGAUUUGUAUAUUGUAUGAAAAACAUGAAUCCACAAAACGCCAGCAGUCCAAGAUCGUACUCAUAAAUAUCCUUCCCUGUUUCUAGAGCAGCUUUUGGGGAAUCUUCAGCCCUGCGAAUGUUCCUGAACUACAACUCCCAUCAUGCCUGCUCAUUGGCCAUGCUGGUUGGGACUGAUGGGAGCUGUAGUUUAGUAACAUCUGGAGGGCCAGGGGUUCCCUGCACCUGCUGUGGCGGUUAAAUAUCUGAGCCAGGCUGAAUGUAUCUUGACUCUUAACUUACAGGGGACCUGUGUGGCCAUGCAAAUGCUCCUGAACUACAACUCCCAUCAUGCCUGCUCAUUGGCCAUGCUGGUUGGGACUGAUGGGAGCUGGCAUGCAACAAGAAAUGGAAGGCCACAAGUUCCCUGUCUAUAAUAAUAAUAAUAAUUUAUUAUUUGUACCCCGCCCAUCUGGCUGGGUUUCCCCAGCCACUCUGGGCAACUUCCGACAAAGAUUAAAAAUACAUUAAAAUGUCACACAUUAAAAACUUCCCUGUGCUGUUAAGUGCACUUGAUUGUAAAUAUGCAGAACUAUAGUUCACUGCCUACUUCCUUUCCAUUGCCCAACACACUGCCUAUUCUUAUCCUACGCCAGAACAGAAUGCAUGCUAAAAGCAAGCUAAAAUCUAGCCAUUCAUCUGUUUGGCGGGAGGAAGAGCAGAGUCCAGCUCUCAUCUCGCCCCUCUAAACACCAAAGUUUUCUAGCUUUUUUAAAAAAAGAUCUCUGCAUGCACAGUAACUGUAGCGAAAUCAGACUCAUUGAGGAUCUGUUUGCACAUCCAAACAGGGGAACACGGGCUGCAAAAACUACUGUACAGUGGUACCUUGGGUUAAGUACUUAAUUCGUUCCGGAGGUCCGUUCUUAACCUGAAACUGUUCUUAACCUGAAGCAUCACUUUAGCUAAUGGGGCCUCCUGCUGCUUCCGCGCCGCCACUGUGCAAUUUUUGUUCUCAACCUGAAGCAAAAUUCUUAACCUGAAGCACUAUUUCUGGGUUAGUGGAGUCUGUAACCUGAAGCGUAUGUAAUCCGAGGUACCACUGUACUUCUGCAAGUAGUAAGAGCUUGGUGUGCAGCAGAUGUUAAUGGAUUCCUGUCCCCUUCAGCACCAGCUAACACGGCCAGUGAUCAGGUAGGAUAGGAGGUGCAAUCCAGCAACAUCUUGUGGCCUGUGAGUUCCCCCACCCCCUGCCCUAGCUGCAGUGGGGCACGCAAGUAUUCCUGGCUUUUUCCUGCUGACAUCCAAGCAACGGGCUCCUCCCAGCACAAGCCCAGUGUACUCGAGCUUCGCAUUUUGCUUUUAUUUUCAGUUAGGCUCCCCGCUCCCAGUUAUUUAAUUUGACAUCAUUUCCAUAUUUCUUUAUUUCAUAACUUGAGGCAAUAAAAAAACCACGUGAUGCACGCAACCAUGCAUUUUAAACCCUGUGCAGGAAAGAAGUUUCUCAGGGGUGGUUUUGUAGUAGGGAAAUGGCUGGUGGGGAAAAGAGUUAAAGCAUUUAUUUUCCCCUCCACCUGCUUCUUCCACUCUCAGCCUCUGCCCCUCCAGUGGAUUUUUCAAGUUAAAACAGGCUGUUUGGCUACUGUUUCUGUUUGCAUAUGGAAUGCACUUUGGCUCUUAGAAACUUGCCUACGACCUGCAGUCACAGGGCAUUUUGAGAUGGAAGGCUUUGUGAGGGUUCACAUUUUGGGAGCCUCGCCAUUGUCUGAAAUGGGGUUUCAGGAUCCUCCUACCAGGUGCUUACAGGAACCUAGAACUAGAACCUUGCAGGAAGGAGUGCACUCCUUGUAAGGAGGCUUGAGGUCCUACACCUCUCAGGAGGAUUUGGCCAUCCUAGAAGUGCCUAUGAUCUGCUUGCCUUGCUCAUGCCUAUGGAGGGAGCCUAUGGCAGGAGAACGAUGCAGAAACCCAGAACUGCCCACUCCCUAAGCCUUGAACACCCAUCUGCUCUUUGCUAUUGGCAGGCCCAGUUUCAGCACCACGUGGCCUUGUUGAAAAGCGAGAGGGACAGCAGGGAGGUCCUUGCAGUGAACCAAGGGAAGAGGCUGGAGAUGCUGCUGGUAAGUUCGCCUUCUUAGGCAAAGCUGUCUUUAUUAUUACUACUACUACUACUACUAUUAUUAUUAUUAUUAUUAUUAUUAUUAUUACCCCGCCCAUCUGGCUGGGUUUCCCCAGCCACUCUGGGUGGCUCUCAACAGAGAGGCAGUGUGGUGUAGUGGUUAAGAGCGAUAGACUCAUAAUCUGGGGAACUGGGUUCGCGUCUCCGCUCCUCCACAUGCAGCUGCUCGGUGACCUUGGGCCAGUCACAUUUCUUUGAAGUCUCUCAGCCCCACUCACCUCACAGAGUGUUUGUUGUGGGGGAGGAAGGGAAAGGAGAAUGUUAGCCGCUUUGAGACUCCUUCGGGUAGUGAUAAAGCGGGAUAUCAAAUCCAAAUCCAAUAUUAAAAACACAAUAAUUCAUCAAAUAUUAAAAGCUUCCCUAAACAGGGCUGCCUUCAGAUGUCGUCUAAAAGUCAGAUAGUUGUUUAUUUCUUUGGCAUCUGGUGGGAGGGCGUUCCACAGGGCGGGCGCCACUACUGAGAAGGCCCUCUGCCUGGUUCCCUGUAACUUGGCUUCUCGCGUGAGGGAACCGCCAGAAGGCCCUCGGCGCUGGACCUCAGUGUCUGGGCAGAACGAUGGGGGUGGAGAUGCUCCUUCAGGUAUAUUUGGGGCUUGAGUGACAUCACUUAGAAAAGAGGCACAUUUUGUGUCAGAAUGUGUAUGUCCAUCCGGCAAACGCUGUCAGACCAGCUGGGGCGACAAAUAGCAACAGCAGCUCUUGAAGCAAUGGUGCCACAGAUCAAAAUGUGUAACUCUGGAUGGCACACGUAUGUAUAUAGCUAGCAAUUAAGAGGCAAAUGCCAGUCUAGGCUACACAAAUAGAGAGCAGUUGUGCUGCUGAAUCGAUAGCACACAGUGACCCCAAUCCGUACCUUGUAGGGGACGGUUUCCCAAACUUGGGUCUCUGGCUGCUUUUGGACUACAGUUCCCAUCAUCCCUGACCACUGGUUCUGCCAGCUAGGGAUGAUGGGAGCUGUAGUCCGAAAACAGCCAGAGACCUAAGUUUGGGAAACACUGUUGUUGGGAAAGUCGAGGCAAAAAGCAGGGUUGCUGCAUUUCAGACCGGGGUAGGAUGUAGAGUAUAGUCCUCAGCCCAAACCUUAGAUCAGGCAUAGGCAAACUCAGCCCUCCAGAUGUUUUGGGACUACAAUUCUCAUCAUCCCUGACCACUGGUCCUGUUAGCUAGGGAUCAUGGGAGUUGUAGUCCCAAAACAUCUGGAGGGCCGAAUUUGCCUAUGCCUGCCUUAAAGGUAAAGGGACCCCUGACCACUAGGUCCAGUCGUGACUGACUCUGGGGUUGCGGCGCUCAUCUCGCUUUAUUGGCCAAGGGAGCCGGUGUACAGCUUCCGGGUCAUGUGGCCAGCAUGACUAAGCCGCUUCUGGUGAACCAGAGCAGGGCAUGGAAAUGCCGUUAACCUUCUUUACCUUCCCGCCGGAGCGGUACCUAUUUAUCUACUUGCACUUUGAUGUGCUUUCGAACUGCUAGGUUGGCAGGAGCAGGGACAGAGCGACGGGAGCUCACCCCGUGGCGGGGAUUCGCACCACCGACCUUCUGAUCGGCAAGCCCUAGGCUCUGUGGUUUAACCCACAGUGCCACCCGUGUCCCAUAGAUGUAAGCAAAACCCCAAGCAUAAGACCCAAACUAGACAUGGUGGCAAAUGCAUGGUGUAAGGUUGUUAGCUGACACCUGGAAUCUUUCGUAUGCAAGCCGGAUACUUUCCCACUGAGCCACAGUCCUCACAGCGGCUGAGCAGUUGCUUGUGGGAAGCCCAGCAAGUAGGAUUCAAGCAAAAGGGCGCCCUCCCCUCCUGUAUUUUCCAGCGACUGGAGCAUUGCUGAACUUACUCGACUCCGAUACUCUGGUUUUGCUGCAGCAAGCAAGGAGAAAAGGUGCUUUUCGAUGUUACCUGUCCUUACCCUUUUGGAGUGGCACCGUUUCCCGUUCCUUCCUCCGCAGGGUCGUGCGGAAGCCGAGAGGCAGAGAACUGCCCGCGUGUUCCAGCAGUUAAGGAAGACCCUGCAAGACAGGGAGAGCCAUGCCCUACAGGGGCUUUCGGAAGUGGCCAGCGAGCUGGAGAGAAGGCAGCGGGAGAAUGAGAGCAAGAUCCUGCAGGGGGCGCCGCUUCUACGAGGACUGAUAGUUGAGCUGGAGCAAAUUUGUCAGCGGCCAGAUACUGAGCUCCUCAAGGUAAAAGCAGCGGCUGGUGGUUCAGCGUCUUUGGUGCGGGGAGUGGGGUUGAAGACACAUUGCCAUUUUUGCUGCAGGGUUCCUCUCUCCAGCGUCUUGGAGCUGGCCCUCAGCAUGAAAGGGAGAGUUUUUAAGCCACUGCAUACUCCAAAGCCAAGUGCUUUGGGAACAUUGAAAACAGAAGGUGCUUCUGUUUUGAGAGAAUGGUGUGCAAGAUCUGUUAAUGUACAAUGAAACUUCCUGGAAAACACAACUAUAAGUUAUUUUUAUUUUUACUUUUUUAAAAAAUUAAUUUUUAUUUGGUUUUACAUAUUUAAGUUUAUAAUCAUACCACAACACACCCAAAAUGACAAGAUUCCCUCGAAUCUCUGGACUUCCCACCUUCCCCUCCUUGGGUUCUGUUGUUAAACCUUUUCUAUUGCAUCUUUUCAAUAGUCCAUAUUUUAUACAAGUCCAUUAUCUCCAUAGUACUUGCUACAUUACGAGUGUUAUUGCAAUCCUGCUAACGUUUUCAUCUGUUUACCGUGGUCUCCAAGAUAAAUUAUAAAUUUCCCCCAUCCUUUCUUAAAGUUCUGGUCUUCUGGGUUCCUGAGCUUUCCGGUCAGUUUUGCCAUUUUGGCAUAGUCCAACAACUUGAUUUGCCAUUUUUCUCUGGUAGGGACUUUAUCUUCUUUCAAUCUCUGGGCUAACAACCUCCGUGCAGCUGUCUUCGCAUACAUAAAAAGUCUUUUCUGCGCCCUUGGAAUUCCAGCACCCACAAUUCCUAAUUGACAAGCCUCUGGUUUGUUUUUUAUAAAAAAGUUAUUUUAAACCUUUUUUUCAGUUCAAUGUAUAUCAUUUCCCAGAAUACUUUUAUUACCUUACAUGUCCACCACAUAUGAUAGGAGGUGCCUUCUUUUUCUUUACAUUUCCAACAGACAUUUGUACCUGUCUUACACAUUUUUGCUAACUUACUAGGAGCACAGUAUAAGACUUGCUUCGGUGCAGCAGCCUCUAAACUCCCUGCAAACAGAUUGGAAAGAAGGCUUGGUAAAUAGGUCGUCUGGAAGCACUCAAAAGCAAUAGAAUACAAGUAUACAAAUUUAAUAAGCCGUCCCGCCACAAAAUUAGACUUCAGCGAGAGCCCAGUUCAUACAUUACACCCCACCCUCCCACAUAGUUCCUGGAGGAAUUUUGAGUUGUGAAUUAUGAUACUGUGAAAGGGCACCCCUUAAAAUUCUGCUUUCUCUCCAUUUCUUUCCCUCCUUUAGGAUGCUGGGAGCCUCUUGAAGAGGUAAGCAACUGUGGUUGUAAGUGUGAUUCAUUCUGUCAACAACUGGCCUGAGAAGCUUGUAAGCUUGUAUCUACCUUCAGUCAUGCUCAAAGCAGACCCGUUGAAAUUAAUAGAUGCUGUUAAUUUAAAGAUAAAGGGACCCCUGACCAUUAGGUCCAGUCGUGGCCGACUCUGGGGUUGGGGCACUCAUCUCGCUUUAUUGGCCAAGGGAGCCGGCGUACAGCUUCUGGGUCAUGUGGCCAGCAUGACUAAGCCGCUUCUGGCGAACCAGAGCAGCGCACGGAAACACCGUUUACCUUCCCCCCGGAGCGGUACCUAUUAUCUACUUGCACUUUGACGUGCUUUCAAACUGCUAAGUUGGCAGGAGCAGGGACCGAGCAACGGGAGCUCACCCCGUGGCGGGGAUUCGAACCGCCGACCUUCUGAUCAGCAAGUCCUAGGCUCUGUGGUUUAACCCACAGCGCCACCUGGGUCGUCGCUUCAAUUUCAGUGCGUCUGCUCUGUAGUUGAAUACAGCCCAGAGUUUCUGCCAAACAGGAUUAUGUGCCCAGAAGCCACCUGAUUUUUCUCUCUCUUUCGCGGUAGGUGCAAAAACUGGAACUUUCCAAAAUGGUCGCCGGUGUCCACCAUGGAAUUGGAAGAGAGAAUUUCCCAUCUCUCUCGGAAGAAGACUGCCCUGUGGGAGCAUAUGAAUGAGAUGAGAGGUUAGUACUUCGCACUAACUUCUUUGCGCAACAACACGCAGGUGCACUGUGGAACUCGCUGCCACAAGAGGCAGUGAAGGCCACAACUUGGCUGGUUUAAAAAAAAAAAAAAUUAGUCAUUCAUGGAACAUCAGUGGCUAUCAAUUGGAACUAGCCACAAUGGCUGCAUCCUACCUUGGCUCUUUCUAUGUUAAUAGUAGCAUUGGUGAUGUUAGUUAUAUCCUAGAAAUGGUACUUCCAAGAAGGGAUGGGAGGAAGGUCUCCUCCUCCCCCCCUUUUUUUUUUACAAUGGACAUUGAAUAAGUUCAGGUAGAGUUGGGUUUUUAGUGUAGAGUGGUCAGGAGAACGGGUAUAGAGACAAAAGCAUGCCAGGGAUUACUAUACCACUUCCAUUAUACAAAAAUCCACUUAUCCAGACAUGAGGAAUUAGUACCCUAAGCCUCGCUAUACACCCUACAGAUUCAGAUAUCCAAACAGUUGAAUCUGCAUGUAGCACGGUAAACAAAUAACUGGCCUUGAGCAAGCCUUAAUUUUUUGUUUUGCUGGUUUGCGGCAGCAACCAUGAAACCAUGGUAGAAAGGGGAGGAGGUAGAUUGGACAAGUAAGAUCAUUUCCCCCUUCCUUGUUUGCCUUUUGCAAGGUUUCAGAGGGUUUUCCCUGUUUGUUUUGUUUUUCGUUUUGGGGUCAAAACUCCAUGGCUGGGAACGCAUUAGAAAUUUCCACGCAGCAAUCCAGGGAAAUUGUUGUCUCGUUAAGAAAAUGUUUGCUUUUACAAGCAAUUUCCUGAGAAUGCAGUGUGUUUGGAUAGCGAGACUUGCAUUUAUAUGCCGUGCUUUUUUUCUAGAAAAAGAGGUGCAGGAACUCUCACCUUUUGGGGAUGAAAUAAAUAAAAAAAUAGAAAAAAUUGUCCAGUAGCACCUUAGUUACCAACUAAGUUUGUUCUGGGUAUAAGCUUUCGUGUGCAUGCACACUUCUUCAGAUGCACUGAAAGAAGUCACCAGACCCUUAUAUAUAGUGGGAGGGUGGGGUAGGGUGGACAACCCUAAGUUGUUGAGCUUUUAGGGGCAACACAGCCACUUUUAGGGGUGCCUCCGAUGAGUUCCAGCUGAAAAACAGCCCUGUUUAGAUGUGGAAAAAAAAAUGCCUCCAGUAACCUCCUUCCAAUGGAAUCCAAACAUAGUAAGCACUGCACUGCUGAAACGUUUCAUCGCUCAGGGAAUUGGAGCGAGCUCAAUAAUACUAAGCUGGGCAGCCAGUUUCUCUUUUUAUUAAUAAUCUAGAGUGAAAGGUCUUAUCUGUGCAUGCACUUCAUAUGUGAUGUAGAUAGAGGCACACAUUCCUCUGUGUUAUUACAGAGAUCAUCACCUUGGAUCCUGAUUCAGCUCAUCUGAACCUGGCGAUUUCAGCUGACCGGAGGACCGUGAGCCGCAGGGAUGGCUUCCCACCUUACCUCGACACUUCUAGAAGAUUCCACCCCUCCUUCUGUGUGCUGGGCUCUGAGGGCUUCUUGAGCGGUCGCCACCACUGGCUGGUAGAUGUGAAAGGCCGCUGCGGUUGGGCCCUUGGUGUAGCUCAAGAAUCUGUGGAAAGGAAGAGGCCUGUGGUACUUCAACCAGAACAUGGGGUUUGGGCUGUGGAGUUGGGGCCCUACCAGCUCCUUCCUGCAACGCCAGCAAAUGUGGCAAAGACAGAGACUCCGACCCGCAGGAUUCUCGUUAGCUUGGACUAUGAGGCAGGGCGGGUGACGUUCUCCGACCCUUGUAGCUCAGAAACACUCUUCACCUUGAGGGGCUCCUUCACAGAGAAGCUUUACCCUUUCUUUUGGCUGUGGUCCCCUGAGGCCUCUCUCACACUGUGUCCCUGAGGCAAAGUUGAGAGGUGGAAAGGAACGGGAGAUGCUGUCGCUUGAUCACAGUCUUCUGCCCUGGGGCGAUGUGGGGAAAAAGAAAGAACAACUUGCACUGAUUCACCCACAAAGCUAUUUUUGUUAACUCCCAAUAUACAAGGUCAUUCAGACUGAUUCCGGGUCUGUGAGUCCUGUUGGAGCCAAGUAGAACUCAGAAUCUGCCAUAGUCUGUAUCAGGGGUUGGCAAAGGAUGAUGGGAGUUGAAGUCCAACAGCGGAUGGUGGGCCACACUAUCCCUUGAUCUAUAGGCAAUCGUGCAUUAUUAAACCCGUGUUUGCCAGUGAGGCAGAGUGCCCUGGAUAGAGUGCUCCACAUAGCCUGGGGAGGUUUAGGUUCCAUUCAGCACAUGGUUGCAAAGUGUACCGCGUCCCCUCAAAAAGUAUCGCUUUGUCUCUGCCGAAUCUACCUCACAGGGUUGAAUAAAUAGAGAAUAAGCAUGCACACUGCCUUGAGCUCUUGAGGUCAGGCAUGAUGGGAAUUGUACUCCAAUAACUCUGGGAGGGCACUUGCUUCAGAAGACUAAUGGGAUCGAAAUGUAGUCAUAAAUGAGAAGGCCCAGCGGGAGAGGGAGGUGCCUCCAUCAUCCUAUGCUGUGCUUCCUAUUUUUCUCCUGCAAAUACUCCUUAAUGGUAUUUCCCCCCUCAGCUGUGCAAAAAGUAAUUAAAGAUAAUGGGG